AAUGUAAUCGCUUCCUUCGAUUUCUAGGGUUUUCGAUGUUCAUGUGUUCUCGGAAGAUCAGAUUUCAGUGGUUGUGUUUUCCGCUCUCAUCAUCAUUCCCAAAAUCUUUGAUUAGAGACGGCGUUCAGCGCGUCCGAUCAGAUCUGCAGCUCCUUUGAUCGAAAAAUCUUAUUGUGAGCUCUUUUGCAGUUUGGUUGCAGGAUUUGGGGUCACUAAACUGUUCAAGAGAUGGAUGACACGGAGGAUGGUGCGAGGUAUCCUCCCAACACUUACUCUGUAAAUUACCAUCAAAAUUCCGGUUCGUUGCAUCGUCCGAAGCUUCCGUUACGUAACACCUCUUAUUCUCAACCCGUCGAUAAUGAAUAUGUUGAAGAACAAGACGAAGAAGGGGAGGAAGAAGAAGGAGAAGGAGAAGGAGAAGGAGAAGGAGAAGAAGACGAAGGAGAAGAAGACGAAGAAGAAGAUGAAGAAGGAGAAGAAGAAGAAGAAGAAGAGGAUGAGGAAGAUGAAGAAAAUGUUGCCCAACGAGUUGUAGAAGAAGCCGAGGUCGAUGAAGACUAUAAUGAUGAUGGCCGAUACAAUUAUCAUCGAAGGAUUGAAGUAGAUGGGGAAGAUUCUGAAAGGCACAGGAAAAAACGAAAGCUAAAGAAUCUAGCUUUAGGUUAUGAGUUUGCACCACGGGUAGCUGCCCCUUCUGCUGCUGCUGCUCCUCCUCCCCCGCAACCGUCUUUUGGCGCUCGGAAUUCACCAGUUGAUUGGACGGAACAUGAGACUUUUGUUUUAUUGGAUGCUUGGGGUGAUCGAUUUCUUCAGCUUGGGAGAAAGAGUCUUCGUUCUGAUGAAUGGCUCGAAGUUGCCAAUAAGGUCUCAGAAGAGUCAAAUACUGUUAGGACAGACACUCAGUGUCGUAAUCGUUUGGAUACAUUGAAGAAGAAGUACAAGAAGGAGAAGAUGAGAUUAGCAGAAACUGGGAGUGCCACCAGUAAAUGGGUUUACUUCAAGAAAAUGGAUAUGUUAAUGACGGCAUCUCCAAGGCAACCUGGGCUCUCUUGUGGCUUCGAUUCAGGAGAGUAUGUCUUCAUGAAUCCUAGAAUUUAUUUAAAUCGCUCUAAUGGGUUGGAUGAGAUGAGGGACAGUCCGGGGAACUCAGAAUCUUCAGAAGGUGGGGAGGAUGAUUCAGAUGGCCUUCCACCUAGGAGGACAAGAUUUAGAGAGGAUGCGGAUGAUGGGUCUUCGUUUAGGUUGCUCGCAGAUUCAAUUCAGAAGUUCGGUGAGAUUUAUGAGAAGAUUGAAAACAGCAAGAGGCAACAAAUGGUAGAAUUGGAGAAAAUGAGGAUGGAGUUCCACAGAGAUUUAGAAAUGCAAAAGAGGCAGAUUCUAGAGCGAACUCAGGCUGAGAUUGCAAAAAUUCGGCAAUGUGAUGAUGAAGACAUUGAUGUUUCUGCUGAGAACAUGAGCGAAUGAU